CACAAAAGACCCACUUUCCAGAACUACUACUGGAUUUCUCCAGCAUAUCUGCCUCCAAAAACUAAUGUCAAGGAGUUAGACGAGCAGUCUACAAACUCCACACUGUGGAAGAUGAAUGACGGCCACAGGACCAGGACCCUUUUUGACAGCAUCUGAGCACCAGGAGCUGUGGGUGUUGGAUAACAGAGUCUUUAUGACAAAGACAUCGAGGGAUAGCCAGAAACUACAUUGCCUGUAUCAUCUUUGACCCUCCCCAAAUCCAAAGAGGAUCCAUGAGAGAAGACAACCAGUCCCUCACCCUCAACUUCAUCCUCCUGGGAGUUGGUGGUCCCCGGCAACAGGAAGAUUUCUUCUCCAUACUCUUCCUCUUCAUUUACCCCAUCACAAUGAUAGGAAACCUGCUCAUCAUAUUGGCCAUUCACGCUGACAUUCGCCUCCACAACCCCAUGUACUUUCUCCUUGCCAACCUCUCCUUUGUUGACAUCUUCUUCUCCUCUGUAACCAUCCCCAAGACACUGGCCAACCACAUCUUAGGCAACAAAGCCAUCUCCUUUGGGGGAUGCCUGACACAGAUGUGUUUCAUGUUAGCCUUGGCUAACACAGACAGCUAUAUCUUGGCUGCAAUGGCAUAUGACCGUGCUGUGGCCAUCAGCCGCCCACUUCAUUACAUAACAAUUAUGAGCCCAAGGACUUGUGUCCUGCUAGUUGUUGGGUCUUGGGUGGUUGGAAACGCCAAUGCCCUCCCCCACACCCUGCUCACAGCUAGUCUGUCUUUCUGUGGAAACCAGGAAGUGGCCAACUUCUACUGUGACCUUGCCUCUUUACUCAAGCUGUCCUGUUCUAACAUCCAGUUCAAUGUGAAGAUGAUGUAUCUAGGGGCUGGUGUUUUCUCUGUGCCAUUACUAUGCAUCGUCAUCUCUUAUGUUCAGGUCUUUUCCACAGUCUUAAGGGUUCCAUCCACCAAGGGUGUGCUCAAGGCCUUCUCCACCUGUGGGUCCCACCUCACUGUUGUUUCUUUGUAUUAUGGGACAGUCAUGGGCAGGUAUUUCCACUCUCUGACCAGUUACACCCUAAGGGAUAUAGUGCUCACUGUGAUGUAUGUUGCGGUGACCCCAAUGUUAAAUCCUUUCAUCUACAGUCUGAGAAACCGAGACAUGAAGGCAGCUCUAGGGAAGCUCUUCAGCAAGAGAACAUCCUUAUAAACAAUGUGAGGUCAUAUUGGUCUGUAGUUAGCAUUUUGGAUGAACUUGAAACUCCAGUCCUAACAACCUGUUCCUCCAAAAGUCAUCUUUAUUCUUUCCAGUCACUGUAUUCAUGUUCGUCUUAGACAAGUUGUAACAUUUUGAUAGAACAUUCUAUUGAGAUUAUCAAUUUGUACCCAUUAUUGCUCCUUUUAGUAGAUUGACAGCAAUGGAUUAUUAUGUUCAAGUCCCACCUUAUACUACUAACCAAGCAGAGUAAAGUUAAAAGUGUUUAAGGCCUGGAUUCUACAGAAUAGAAAAAAUAAUAAUAACUUCCUUGUCUUUGUAGUGGAGUAUGAGGAACACAGUGUUUCAUAUUUUGAAGGUUAUAAAUCACCAUUCAAAUGUCAAUUUUUUUGGACUGGGAAGUUCAAUCAUCCCUACUUUGGUUACAGAUCUUCAGGGAAAGGGCUGUCUUAAUGCAUCAUUCUAGUUCUCCCAAAAUUGGUCAUGAAAUGCAUCCAAUAGUUAUUUGUGGAGGUCGAAUGAAUGAAUGUA